CGUCCCAGCAAAGCCUGUCGAUCGAAAACUCUCUGCUACUCCUUAAACUCUGAGAAUGUCGGUGUAUAGUUUGAACUCCGACGACAAAUUCAUCACGCCGUCGUGUCAAAAUGUUGAAGUGCGCUUGUACAAGGGCGAUACAAACGAUUUCAAGGUCACUCAAACAGCCUAUUGGUCUGAUCAUUGGAGCGAUCCAGCUUAUCGUGUUGGCCCCACGGCAGAAAAAUACAAGGCACUACAAGUAUUUGGCACCACCAUUGAAGGAGACAGAUUCCAAGAGCUGGUUGAUGAGCUCAAGGCAAUUGAAGAGGGAGGGAUCCUCAUUUUUGUGAAUCGUCUCGGCCUCUGCAUAAUUUCUGAGAUCAGGCAUCCAUCUAUAAAAGCUAUGCGGAUCAACGAUUACUUUGGUUGGUCCAAAUACGGUGUUCGAGUGCCUCUGGAAGUGAUCCGCACGUCUACCGUAUGGAACAAGUUCGACAUGCACAACGGGGAAACUGUGAUUGAUGUUCAAAGGAUCGUCAGAUCCGACGCUGAUGAAGCCAUUGAGGAGCUGCGGCGGAGCUUGGAGGAGAAGGACUUGGAAUUGACGGCAUGCAAGAAGGAAUUGGAGGAGAAGAGCAUGGAGUUGACGUCGUGCAGGAAGGAGCUGGUAUUGAGCAAGAACAUUGAGUCACUGUGGAGAAAGUUAGUGGAAGAGAAAGAGAAGGUGAAUGAGAUGAUGCAGAGUCAGAUUCUUGCUUUCAAGGCUGAUCACCAUGACGUGGAACGAGAAAAUCUUUUCUGAAUUAUUUAAUCCAUCCAAUCUCUUUUUUCGCUUUUAAUUCAUGGUAACAUGAUGCGUCAAAGGCUUCAAUGGUUUUUUGACUUAGACACCUACAUACGUUACAUAUUCAAGGGAUCCAAAUUACAAACACUAACUCUCUUUUGAAUGCAUUGCUCUUUAAUUUACAGUUUUACGAAAUUAUACAGCUCAUUCUCUUAAAUUAGAAAAAAAAAUAGUGAUUUAUAAUUCAAUUUCAUUACAAUAGGUUAAAGAAUUGUCGAAAAACUUUAGUUUUACGUUCGACAAACACUUACUUCGACGAGACUCCAUGUAUUAAAUUUAAGAUUUUCCCGCAUAAUUCGGAUAUAUAUUGAAAUAAAAUUAUUCAAGAUUGUAAAACUCUAAAGUACUAUUGGAAAAAUGUAAAUACAAAUUAAUAAAUAAAAAACGGUUUAGCCCAAGACAAGUGCCCAAACUUUAACUGCCUGGACGUUAAAGAUUGUUCUACUCGGUCCAAAUUUAAAUAUGGCGUCAAAUCACCUUAAGACAUGAUUAGGGCAUCCACCAUGCCGAAGAAAUCCAACAUGCGGGAUGGGAUUAGGUGCUAAUCCUUAUAAGGGUUAGUACCGUGAUAACUAGCAAAAAACGCUACUAAAAAUAACGAAAUCACUACGGAUUAUUAUAAAAUUAAUACAACAUCUAAGCUAAAUCACUACUAAUUCAAACUAAUAGUAGUUUUUCUCUUGGUUAGGACGGUGCUAACUAUUGUACAAUUAGCACCGUAACCGCUCCCCCAACAUUCACAUCAAUAAAGCAAGAAUUUGGUGGAGUGCGCGCAAGGAGAAGGAACAAACUUUCCGAUUUUAUGGUUUCCCUACUGUCGUCAUUGAUUGAUCAGUUCAGGAAUACUGGAUACUAGUCCCGUUCCAAGAGACAAGCUACAGUGCUAAGCCUAUAGGGGUUAGCACCGUACUAACUAAUAUUUAAAUGAUUUAAUUUAAUUUUUUAUUAAAUGGCUAUAAUUUAAGAAAGGGUAUAAUAGGAAAUAAGAAGAAAAUUAAAAAAUAUGAAAUUAAUAUGAUUUACGGAAAGUGGGGGAUUGGGUUUUUUAAAUGGUUUUAGUUUUAAGGGAUCCAUUAAUUAUUAACUUCCAUUUUUUAAUUAAAUCCGUUUCCGUUAGUGGCCGGAUUUUAAGGAAUUGGGGAUGGUUAUUGCUUGAAAAUAAUUAUUAACCCUAAUUUCUCGGGAAAAAAAUAAUUGUGCUCCAUAAUUUCCGUAAAUCAUAAUUAUUAACCCUAAUACCAUGUCUCCCUCUUUAAUGGAUAGAUAUUUAUUAGUAGCAAUAUUAAUUAAAUAGUAGUGAUUCCAUAGUAAUAACAUUACAUAUUUUAACGAUAUGGCGUAGUGGUUAUUACCAUUGGUAGUGUUUUCAAGUUUUUUUUUGUCAUAGUCAUUUCAUUCCUCGGUUGAUUGUUUGUAGUAGCUAUUUUCGAGGUGGUAAUAGUGUUUCCAAUCAAAAGUACUAUUCCAAUAUGGUAGUUGUUAAUCGUGAUCGUAGCAAUAUUUUAUGAUGGUAGUAGUGAUUUUACAAAGAGAAAUUAUCAACAUAAUAAGAUUGAAUUCAUUAU